ACUGCUGCACCACCAGGCCGGCCCCUUAUUUGCUUAUCUUUUUUAUUGUUUGUCUCUCCCAUUGAUAUGUCAUCUCCAUGAGCCCAGUGAUUUAUUAUUUCCUGUUUUGCUCACUGUACCCCAGAGCCUGGAAGAAUUGACACACAGCUGUGAGCUCUGAGGGUCAGAAACCAUGUUUACUUGGUUCAUCGCUUGCCCCCCCAUGUUGGCCCGGGGCCUGGUGCCAGCCACACUUGAUAUAUAGUGGUUGAAUGGAUGAGCGAGCGACAUCAGGACCUGAGAUGAACCACAGUGUGGGAGGUGUGGAUCUAAAGCAAAGGCCGGCCCGUGGGCCGAGGAUGGAUCCCACUAACUUGGUGCCAUAUUUGCCUCGGGCAAAGUGGUCCCCAGGGCCAGGAGACCAAGGCUGGCAUGCGAUGUCGUGUCAGGUGCUCAAGGAAUCCCAGAAGCAUACGAGACGCUUCCCUUUGGUUGUCCGUGAGACCUGUGGACAAGAGGACGCUUGUGGGCCAUCGCCAAUCCAUCUAGGGGUCACCCCACCCAGAAAUAUCCAUCUACCCAGGGCGGAGUAUAAAGAUUGGAAGAGUCUGCUGAAGGUGGGGGUCAUGGACUUCAUCACCUCCACGGCCAUCCUGCCCCUGUUGUGUGGCUGUGUGGGAAUCUUUAGCCUCUUCAAGCUGCUGCAGCGGCUGCGCAUGAAGGCCUACCUGCGGAACGCUGUGGUGGUCAUCACAGGCGCCACCUCGGGACUGGGGCGAGAAUGCGCCAAAGUCUUCUAUGCUGCGGGUGCAAGGCUGGUGCUCUGUGGCCGGAACAGGGAGGCCCUGGACGAGCUCACCAGAGAACUCGCUGCUUCUCAGGCCGCCAAGGUGCAGACACACAGUCCUUACACGGUGACCUUCGACCUCACAGACCCUGGGACCAUAGUUGCAGCAACAGCCGAGAUCCUGCAGUGCUUUGGCCAUGUGGAUGUGCUCAUCAACAAUGCUGGGGUUAGCUACCGUGGUGCCAUCGUGGACACCACCAUGGACGUGGACAAGAGAGUCAUGGAGACAAACUACUUUGGCCCCAUUGCUCUAACGAAAGCGCUCCUGCCCUCCAUGAUCCAGAGGCGACAGGGCCAUGUCGUCGCCAUCAGCAGCAUCCAGGGCAAGAUCAGCCUUCCUUUUCGGUCAGCGUAUGCGGCCUCCAAACACGCAACGCAGGCCUUCUUCGACUGCCUGCGCGCUGAGGUGGAGCAGUGCGGCAUCGAGGUGACCGUGAUCAGCCCCAGCUACAUCCACACCAGCCUCUCCCUCAACGCCGUCACUGCCGACGGCUCCAGAUAUGGAGUUAUGGAUGAGAAAACAGCCCAGGGCCGAAGCCCUGUGGAGGUGGCCCAAGAUGUUCUGGCUGCCGUGGGGAAGAGGAAGAAAGAUGUGAUCCUGGCUGACCUGUUGCCUUCCUUGGCUGUUUAUCUGCGAACUCUGGCUCCUGGGCUCUUCUUCAGCCUCAUGGCCUCCCGGGCCAGAAAGGAGCGGAAAUCCAAGACCUGCUAGAGCCGCAGCAGAGCCGGGGAGGGGCAGCACCUGCUCUGCAAGGACAGUGUGUGCUGAGACUUCUGGAUAUGGGUCUCCAGGGUGGGAAGGAUGGAGACACACUUCUCCUGCAGGUCCCUGGCUAGGCCCUUGCUGGCAGAGAAUGGGAACCAAAAAAGGCAACAAGCUUCUUCCCAGGGGAGAGAGGUAACCCUUAAGGAAUAAAUACGGAGCUGGGUUUUAACUCUAAGGAUAUGAAACCAGUGAAUGGAACAGUCAGUUGUGCUCUUCAAGGACUAGGAGAACCACACCUCCUUCGAAUUCCCGCCUCUGCCAGCUCCUAAAACACGUUUCAGUCUUGAAAUAGAAGACAUCCUGACGUCAGCCCAUCAGUUGUUCUCACAUUUGACUUAUCCAAGACCUCUGACCUGAUUGUCUUGGCAGGGCCCACCUUCAGCACUCAAGGCAGAAGGCUGUCGUAAAGGCUCAUUACUUACCCAUGUCCAGAGUCCUGCAGUGUCUCAUUCAGCACUACACAGUGGGCUGAUACGGGAUCAGUCAUUUGACACAUCCCAAGUGAUGCCGGCUUUAGUGCCUGAAAGGAAUUCCCCAGUCUCCCUGUCGGCUCUCACUCGCAGCCCUGUAGGACCAGGUGCCACUCCAGGCAGAACAUGAACUUACUCAGGAGACAGCAGCCAAAAGGGAGAGGAGAAUCCCGCGUGGUCCUCUGUGUCCUCUAGAAAAUAAGACUCAGAAGCCCAGUCGGGCGGGAGUCGAAAACAGCGUCUGGUCCCAGGUAGAAGCAGUCCAUUUGUUAGCUGUGACUGUUGGGGCAUAGCCAGAAAGGAUGCCUGCACCCACCUUUCUGACUUAUUAAAAAUACAUGGCUGCGGUUCAUUAAGUCAACUUCCGAUCUCAAGUGUAGGAUGGAACUCUUCCUCUGAUUGAAGCUGACAGUGGAAAGUGGAAAUUGUGAGUCCAGUGUAUAGGCUUCCCCAAAUUGGAAUAAAGCUCCCAGCACCUUGGCAUCUUA